GGAUGAGAGAGAAACUCACAACUCAAGAAAAUAAGACAGAGUACCAGAGUAGCUUUGAAGCCAUCAUCCGUUUCCUUUGAAUAUAAACAUGGGCCGGCGACGGGGCCCCCGACUUCGGUCGACACUGCUGCUCACCUUCGCAGCGUCAACAACUGCGGACAAGAAGGAGUUACGACAUAAUAUUCAGUUUUCCAUUUCCGACAAAUAUUAAUUCCAUUUUUUUCUCACGUUUCAUUACAUGAUGCACGACAUGUAACAUCCCCAUAAAUCUGACCCCUAUGCAUUCCUACUUUCAUCCCCCGACGGAAAAAGUGCCUCAUCCCCCUAUUGCCCCUAUCCCUUUCAUUCGCCGACGCCAAAAGUACCUGGUGUCACGGCGAGCAGAAGGAGGCUAGGAGGUGCAACGUAGACGAGCCCUGUGAUGACGCCCCAGUGCAGAAGGAUUGCGAAUGGGACCACUGGAGUCCGUGGGAGCCAGAGGAAUGUCCGUGUAAUUAAGGGUCAUGAAGACCUUAGUUAUUCUGAAGACCACAAAUGGUUGGUUCUACUUCUACCCUAUUCCUUCUCGUGAUCCUUCUGAUUGCUCAGAGAGUGAACUACCAUCUUGAGCUCUUCUUCUAAUGUCUUGGCUUACAAGAACGGCAUCGGGAGAUAGCGCAACACAACUCUCCAAGGGGUAAGGCAUGUGAGGGCGUGAAAACCGAGACGAGGGAAUGUGGAACACCAGAAUGCGUACCGGAUGCGGUGGAUUGUGUACUAUUUGACUGAUCCUGAUGUUAGUUUACCUCCUCCUACCCUUGCAUGCUGGAAAUGGAAUGAUGAUAGGAUAAAAAUUGUUUCUUGUUCAGGUGCGAAACUUGACUCCUUGAGCAAGAGUUGACUGCUGAAAAAUCAACUGACAUGUCCCUACAAUUCUUUGCACCUCACAGGUCUUCGACGACUGGUCAGACUGGGGAAAGUGUGACCAACUUUGCGAUGGCGGUAUCCAAAAGCGGUCACGGGGGAUAAAAACAGCGGUGGCGAAUGCAGGGAAGCCGUGUAGUGGUGAUAUGUCUGAAAUUCGAGCUUGCAACACAGAUCCAUGUCAUUUAUGGAUGGAUAUGGAGAAAGAUAAACGUAGAGCGAGAGCGAAGUACUGUCGAUUUGUAGAACAAGAAAUGUUAACACACUUGGAACUUAUAAUCUACACAACAACUACUCCUUUUUCUAAUUGUCCCUCCUGUCGACUGUGAAUUAGAACAGUGGGGCUCCUGGUCAGAGUGCUCACACUCUUGUGACGGAGGGCAGAUGGAACGAACACGGAAAGUCGAUAUUCCACCAAUGUACGGUGGAAAACCAUGUGCAGGAGAUCUAGUAGAGAUCAAAGGCUGCAACGAGCAACCAUGUGGCAAAGGCAUCGACUGCGUAUGGGAAGAUUGGGGAAAAUGGGGUAGUUGCUCAAAAACGUGCGGUGGAGGAGAGAAAGAGAGGAGUAGAUUGAUUAAGGUACUAUGAGAUACAACCACGUAUAUUUAUAAGUUAUUGUAGGACAAUGUUUAUGUUAACCCUUCAUCCUCUUUUUCUUCCAUCCUCUUGACCCAUCAUCACUAUGUCUCCCCCCCACAUUCCAGACCGCUCCUCGAUUUGGCGGCCAGCUUUGUGCUGCGGAGGAUAUGCAGGAGGUUGCAGCUUGUAAUGAACAAGCUUGUGAAAAACCUAUAGACUGCGAGAUGGGUGAUUGGGCUGAGUGGUCUGCUUGCUCUAGUUAAGGACGAGGUCUUUUUUAGUGUUAAUCCAUCUUGAAGACAUUGAGACGCGGCAGGAAUUUUCUUGCAUCCGCUAUCCCGUAAGGAUAACGAGAAAUAUCCGUAGCUAACGCUAAGACGGUCCUCCUCCUCAAUAAUAUGGAUUAUGGUCGUGUGAACCUGAACUCCUCUAAUCCAGUACUUGCAACGGAAUCAAGACAAGGGAUCGGCAGAUCAAGACCUAUCCAGAUCAUGAUGGAAAAGCCUGUGAAGGAGGUUUGAAGGAGGUGCAAAGCUGUUUAGGAGAUCAAGAGACGUGUAAUCCAGAGUUUGUGCCCAAGGAACCAGUGCAGUGCGAAUUAAGCGAGUGGAGCAACUGGACUGAAUGCAGUAAGAGUUGUGGUAUGGCACUACAUCUUCAGUUUCAGUUUCUCUGAUUUGAUGAAUUUACAGUUUUUGUAAGUAGUAGAAGCUUCUUUUUGAGGCUUUGAAUAAUAAUUCAAAUUUGAAUUUCAUAGUACCUCGGUGUAAAAAUGGCUUCUUUCUAAUCCCUGUGGCGGUACCCGAGAAAAGAGUCGCAAGAUCGUGAAAUAUCCGCUGCAUGGGGGUGACGGUUGCGAUGGAGCGUUGACGGUCAUCGAUAGCUGUAACGAAGAGAAAUGUAAACCGAAGUUAAGAAGAGAAAAUAGCCACUGAUGAGCGUGUUUCUGUAUGAAGCAGCCAACCAGGGUUAGAUCCCUUUCAAUAAUCUCAGUCUGUCAUAUGUAUUUUUCCUGAUGAUCAUCUCCAAACGUAGUAAGUACGUGACCACCUUUCCUUGAUGCAACAUAUCAUGCUCUCUUCAUUUCCCAAAGUGAUCGAGCCCAUUGAUUGCCGAUGGAGCGAGUGGGACGAGUGGAGCGGGUGCUCUACAUCUUGCGGUGGCGGUGAGAAGUCACGACAAAGACAGGUCGAGUUGAUGCCAAACUCUGUCGGAAGACCAUGCGAAGCGAAAGAUAAUGUGGAGGUAUAUCAUCAGGAAAAAUAUAUAUGCCAAUAUUUAUUGUUGACAUUCUUUUGAUGGACCGAGAAGCAGACUACUCUAGUACCUAUAAGUUGUAUACCUCCUGGUGUAGUAGUCACUUUGAUGAAAAUCGACGAGAACCGACUUGGACUUCCAUUUGAACGAUGCAGAUUAUAUAUAAAUAUAUACUUUUCCGGUUCCGUCCUCUCACCCUCUCAGGUAGCUUCCUGCAACACCGAGAGCUGUAGCGCCACUGCAUGUGUGUGGGGAAACUGGUCUGCUUGGGGAGCCUGCACGUGCACAGGUCUGCAGGAAAGGCAUCGGGUUAUCCAAAAACAUGCUACGGAAGGCGGACCACCAUGCGAGGGACCGAAGAUUGAGACGAAGACUUGUAUCUAUUGAGCUCUUGCAUGGUUGAUUUUGAAAAGUAAAGUACUACUAUGAUGAAACAAUACCAAAAACAAAUAGAAAUUGAAGCAACAAGAACAUCAUUACUAAUGACACUUCUAUUCUAACAACUCCAUCAUGAUGAGGAUCCAUAACCAAACAAAGGUCACCCAGAAUGCGAACACCCUCCACGUGACUGCGUGCUUUCAGAAUGGGAUAGUUGGGGAGCUUGUAGCACAACAUGCGGUCCAGGACAGAUGUUCCGAGAUCGAAAAGUCCUGCAAAAAGGUGCCAAUGGAGGGAAGCCGUGUGAGGGAAAUCUGAAUUACGAUACAACAACAAGUUACAGAUAGUAAGAGGUACUAGAAGUAGUACGAGAACAACAUCAGGAUGAUUCUCUGAGUCUGAAGAUCAGGAAUCCGAACGAAUUGUACCUCUAUCUCUAACGUGAAGAAGUCGCUGACUGCUACGAACUCAAGACCUGUCCGAAAGCACCGUCAUCGAGGGAUUGCGAAUUAGGCGCUUGGUCCCAGUGGAGUGCUUGUACUGCUGAAUGCAACGGUGGUCAAAAAUACAGACAUCGGGACAUCGUAGUCUAUCCUAGUGCUGACGGGAAGCGGUGCGACGAUUUCCAAUUAGCGGAAACGAAAGCCUGUAAUACGGAGAAAUGCUCGGUGCAGGUGGAUUGUGUACUUUAAGAUGUUUACUGGGUCUUCUUGUGGACACUGACACAGACACAGACACUUGAACCACAGGAGUAAACAAAACAACUGGCGUCCCAUUGUUUUCUUCUCUUUGCUACCCUUUUUUCCAUUGCAGCUUUUCCCGAAAAGAGAAAAAAGAAACACCUUUUCUAUUCUUGGUAGAGAGGCAUUUAAUGCCUCCAUUCCAGCAUUCUUCCCCUUGAAACUACCAAAAACAGAAAUGGGGCGAUUGGAGUUCGUGGGGUGACUGCUCCAAGACGUGUGGCGGCGGACACAAAGAACGCACGCGAACCGUUCUCCAGAGUCCUCGGUACGGCGGCAAACCUUGCGACGCCAAGGUCACAGCAGAAGUAGAACCAUGCAACACUGAGGAGUGUCCUGGAGCCAUCCACUGCAUCGACGCACAGUGGAGUGAGUGGACGUCAUGGUCACUGUGCUCGGCUAGCUGCGGAGACGGGUUUAGGUUCCGAAGUAGGGAAAUCGCAGUGGCAGCGAAUAGCUGUGGUAUUCAGAACCUUAUAGAUACAUAGAAGAAGUAGAACCUUUUUUACGAGUACGGACUCUAGUACUCGUGCUGGUGGAACAAGGCGAAGGAAUACAACAGGAAAAAUAGUGUUUAGGUUUAGAUGCAAAAAGUGUUUAUCAGGUUGAGUGACGCAAAUAAAUUAGGUUUUGUUUUGUUUUCAGGUGAUACUCUCAGUUACCCCCUUCCGAACAUGAAGAUCUCCGUACUCAAAUGAAUGCAGGUAAGCCCCUCGCCGGUCUCGGACAGGAGUAUGAAGCAUGCAAUCGGGGUGCGUGCUUUGUCGAUGUUAAGGACUGUACGUUUAGUGAAUGGGGCAGCUGGGGAGACUGCAGCUGUCCUUGCAACGGCGUGAAGGAACGCACACGAAGAAUCGAGACCUAUCCAGACAAUGGUGGCAAAGGAUGCGAUGGAAGCUUGAAAGAAGUAUUUCUUUUGCUACGUACUCGUUGGUAGCGUUUGGGUAAGUUUAGGUCGUGCUACCAAGAACUGGAACUCAAAAUUCAUUUCAUGAAAACAACGUAGUUCUGCUUUUCAAUCAUUAGAACAUUCUCUCUUUUACCAUCACUGCAUAUACGAGCACUACAUCCCCUUCCAACAUCAAACCGCUACAACUCACAUCCCCUUCAUCCAACACGACAGAUCGUCGCAUGCAAUGAGAAGGUCUGUCCGCAGUUCCAAUCCGUAGACUGUAAGCUGUCAGAAUGGUCAGACUGGUCUGGAUGUUCUUCGAAAUGUGGUGGCGGUUUCAAGACACGCAAUCGCGAUAUCCGAGUACAUCCUAGAAACGGUGGCAAGCCAUGCACUGCGUCUUUAGAAGACGUCGCUGAGUGCAAUUACCAAGAGUGUGAUUAUAGUGGUAUGCGAUGGGUUUGGCUUGUUUCUACUUGAUGUACUAGAGCAGUGGAAUGUUUCUUGUUCUCUUUGAUGUAAGUAAGUAGUAGUUUCCACUGAUGGCUCGACAAGUACUAGCACUGGUUGAAAUUAAGUUUUGUUCCUCCCAUCUACUCCUCUCGUCUUCAUCUCCUUCGACUGCGAGCUCGGUGAGUGGGAUAAUUGGGGCAGCUGUUCCACUGCCUGCGGUGGCGGAGAACAGUUUAGGUAUAGAACGGUUAUCCAAAUGCCUAAGAAAGGCGGCUUACCAUGUGAACGAUCGGAUACUAGUGAGAUGCGCGCCUGCAAUGAGCAACCGUGCGGCUCGUUGACCUAUUGUAGCUGGCAGGAGUGGGGCUCAUGGUCAAAUUGCUCAACGAGCUGUGGAACAGGUAUUUUCACUCAAACUCCUGUCGCAGCUGCAAUCUCACUUCUGAGAGAGUCGAUCUAUUCUCAGGUUCAGCUGAAGCAACCUCCUUUGAAUAUAAUCGUCUCUCUUGUCUCCAUUUUCUAUCAAUCCCAUCUUCAGCUAAGUCUCUCUUGUUUAGUUUUUAUCGAAAUCGUUUCUAUAAUACUUACAUAAAGUCUCUUGUUCCUCUUCUUGUUCCUAUCAACAUGUAGUAUCCAAAUCCAUUCGACUAAGAAAAUCCAAAUCCCUACUUCUUCAGGGGAGCAAUGGCGUCGCCGCUCUCUGCAGAUAGUGCAGCACGUCCGAGACGGCGAAGAGGUGAUGGCAACUACCGUAUUAGACGAAGUACUACAGCGAAUCUCUAGCGGAUUUGCCCUCUCGCAUGUGGCGUUUACUUUCUUCUUAAGGCUUUCCCCAUCUGCACUGUAUAUAUAAGUCAUGAAGAUCAAUCUGGAAAAAUGACAUCCAUCGGUCUGUGGUCCUCCUUGAUUCUCCUUCUCUAGAGCGGAGAAAACAUCAAGCCAAAGAUCAAGCUUCAAGCUAAGCAACAUGAAACAGAACUUCUUUCAGCAACCUCAACCUCAACGUCUAAUCUUUUUAGGCUUUUUGUCGAGUUUGGCAUUUAUCGCAGUCACAUACCGUUUGAGGCUCAGCAGGGAUGAAUAUGACGCACUAGCAAUGGCGGGACGUGGAGGAGACCUGGAUGGCGGUGCUUUCUCGAUGGGUAGUGUGGUGGAGUAAGUUAAGGCUCAGCUUUCAAUGGUCACCAUUGAGAUUGGGGUCACUGAGAUCGAAGAGGCGACCCCUUGAGAGAACAGGGGAAAACGAAAGGAAAGGGGAGAGCUUUGAAGGGGGUCCCUUCCGUUCAGAGUCAUGAUGACCCCUGAAGGCUGAGCUUUAAGUAAGGUUUGUCGCAAGUGGAGACUUUAUUACGUCGGAAAUUAAAGAGAAUUAGAAAUGAAUCCAUUAAAUAAUGUAUUUAUUGGUGUCAGAGGAGCGAGAAAGCUUCAGCUUGGAAUUUUUAAGUUCUUUCUUUUUUACAUGAUGAAAUAUAAUUGAUGGUGGUGACUGUAAUAUGUCUUUCGAACACGAGAUGAGAAUUUGUUUGGAUUUCGAUUCGUACGCUUGAUUGAUAUUUUGAGUGACGUGAUGGCGUUUUCGUUCUUGGUUUCGUUUUUUCUGUGUCUUGAUCGGUCUAUUCUGUGUUGCUCUUACCUCGGUCCUCCUCGUGGCUGCUUCCUAUUGGUUCCGUUGCCCUUGCCUUUUCCGCCCAACCUUCCUCCCUCCGUCGUGUUUCUGUUCCUCUUGUUCUUGACCGUGACUUUCGUACCGAGAAGUUUCACUGAGCAUGCACCCAUGUAUGUCUCUUCUCAUGCCUGGUACUGCUGUCAGCGAGCACCGAGUUUCUUUGCACUUUCCUGCUCUCGGACUGCAUGGGCUGUAGGUCUUUUUUGCGUCCUGUUUUGUUCUGUUCGUUCUGGUUUUGGUGUUUUGUCGUUCGUCGUUGCCUUUGGCUGUCUCUCUUUUUCAAUCUAAAAAACGGGCUAGGAAAGGGUUGUUGGGCUUGAGUUAGUAUUUCUGAAAGCUUCAUCUGGAUCUAAUGGUAGUAGUGGCUGCGUCUGCGGCAAUUGUCGUUAUGUUUUUUAAGAGCGCUCCCGCUCGCUUUGUAGCGGGACGUAUAGGUGCGUGGUACAACGUUUUGCAGGUAGAUUUUGCAAUACUUAGUCUAAUUUAUUAGAGGAGCAUGCGAAACAAAAUAGAAUUUAUAAAUAUUUAGAACUUAUUGAAAAUUAAAUACUACGACCACAGCCGCACGGCGUCGUGGCCGUCGAAGUCAGAAAGAAUACAGGAAGAUCUUUCAUAAAUCAUGUACUUAGUUUUUUACAAACCGUUCGUGUUUUUAUGGUCUUGUUGUACGUAGCGGCAGGCGACGUAGGCUAAGAUCUUAAAUUUACGAGCCAGCGAGCAGUCGUUUUCUUAUGUUGCUGGUUCAUUUUCAUCACAAUAAGGAUUUUCAGCAUCAGCAUUCUCGUUGUGAGAAUCUAAAUCUGUAACCUGAAUCACCUGUACUACUGUAGUGGUGAUUAAAUUUUCCUCGCCUGUUUUUGUCUAAACAAAUAGACGAAGGCGCAUUAAAGAACCUAAGAAGGAGGGCCGCUCUACUAGCUCUGGUUGUAGUACCUCCACCUCGAGACACCCAAGCAAGGUAAAGAUACACGACUUAUUCUUACUGGAGGACCGACUACUUAGAUGAACACUGAUAGACACGAUGAAUCCGUCCUUCUAGUCGUUUGGGAAUGUGAACCAGUGAGUAGACAUGAGCCAUUAGGUCGCGUAGAAACAAAUUCAUGGUAAG